UGACGAGAAGCUCGUCGCUCAGUGGCUCAAGUUUACGUGACGCAACACGGAAGUCGACGCUGAUUGGACGGGGGCAACGAAAAGCGGCCAAUGGCGUCCAGCGGGGGGCGUGUUGCCGCUGCCCUCGGUCUCGGACGCCAUGGACCUGGUGCUGAACGUCGCCGACUACUACGUCCUCACCCCGUACGUGUACCCCGCGUCGUGGCCCGAGGACGGAGCCCUGCGGCAGAUCUGCAGCCUGCUGGUGCUGACCAACCUCGGGGCUGCGGUGCUGUACCUGGGUCUGGGGGCCAUCAGCUACUUCUUCAUCUUCGACCACAAUCUGAUGAAGCACCCGCACUUCCUAAAGAAUCAGGUACGGAGGGAAAUCAAGUAUGCGAUGACCUCUCUGCCCUGGAUCAGCAUUCCAACGGUGGCCUUGUUUUUCGCUGAAGUGAGAGGAUACAGCAAACUGUACGACAACGUCGGUGACUCUCAGCUCGGUUGGCCGGGGCUUUUCCUCAGUAUGAUCUCUUUCCUGUUUUUCACGGACAUGUGCAUCUACUGGAUUCACCGCUUCCUACACCACAAGCUCAUUUAUAAGCUGUUUCACAAACCGCACCACAUAUGGAAGGUCCCCACUCCCUUCGCCAGCCACGCCUUUCACCCAGUGGACGGCUUCAUGCAGGGCCUCCCGUACCACAUCUACCCCUUCCUCUUCCCCCUCCACAAGGUGCUGUACUUGGCCCUCUACGUCUUCGUCAACAUCUGGACCAUCUCCAUCCACGACGGCGACUACCGCGUCCCCGCCGCCCUGACGGACGUCAUCAACGGCUCGGCCCACCACACCGACCACCACCUCUUCUUCGACUACAACUACGGCCAGUACUUCACGCUGUGGGACCGCCUGGGGGGCUCCUACAAGCACCCGUCGGCUCUGAUGGGGAAAGGCCCCCACGAUCUGAUCCGAAAACUUCAGGCGGAGGGAAAGCUGAGGGACGGCCAGGUGACGGAAAACGGGAAAGAGAACGGACAUUCUCAGAGAGGGGUCACAUGCAAGGAGGAGUAACAGCGGGCGGGGGGUUAUAAUUAAUUGCUGGAGGCGAUCACUAUUUUUCUAAAGACAAUGUGCUGCACUCGAACUCAGCAGGAAAUUAUAUUUUAGAAUAAUUUGAGUCCAGUUAUGUGCCAAAUGAGCCCUUGUGAGAUUUUGAAUUCAGUGCAUGUUAAGAUGCCGAGAUCACAAGGAGCAUGUUGACAUCUGGAGCUGGAACAAGAGUCAACCUUGGCUCAGAUUACAGGCUGAUUUAUUCCCUUAUUCCUCAACAGUUGGAGGAGGAAUCAGAUCCAGACCAUUACCUAGGUAUGGCCCACAUUUACAUGUUACGCGCAAAUCCUUUAGUAGUUUUUAGAUUAGAGAGAUGAUUUGAGGUUUCUCUUUAUAUAUGUGGUGAAAUCUGAUUUUUAAUCUGAUCUGAAAGGAUAAACUCCUGUAGUCUGAGCCCAAUGUUAAGAGAUUUUUAUAAAUGCAGCCAAGAAACUUUGAACAAGUUCAAAGAGGAGCAUCAAAAAAAAAAAAGCUGGAUUUGUUGUGGUAUUGGUGUCGGGCGCCUACUUUGAACGAGAGUUAGACACUAACAUAAAGGCCUUGUUUCAUAGCAGGAGCUGUGGCUAAAAUGUUUGACACGCAGAGGAAACAAAAAGGUUUAUACACCCUCGUUAAAACGGCAGAGUUUCUGUGGUUUAAAGUCAAACUAAGAUCAGUCGUUUCAGAACAUUUGCGCCUUGUAAAUAAUAGAACCUAUGCAAAGCCACUGAAAACCAAAGUGACACAUCACAGAGAAAAAAUAUAAUGGGAAGCUUAAUGUAAAUUAAAUGAAUGGGCGUGCACAUUAUUUUUAUACCCGAUGGGCUGUGUUCAGACUGAAACGCCUAAAAUCUUAGGAUGUUUUCUCUUCUCAAGCCAUUUUCUUCAAAGUAAAUCAAAUGUCACAUCAGAAUAUUAUCACAGACCUUAUAGCAUUUCAGAACCUGUCCCAUGAUGACAUUAUUAUGUUUGGAGACACAGAAAUCUAACACUGAGGAGAAAUAACACGGAUAAUAAAAAUACAAAUGCAUUUUACUCCAAAAGUUUUAUUUUGGUUGCAAAAUAGUAGCUUUGAAAAGGAGCUCGCUGUCCGUUAACCAGCUGUUUCUGGAUCCCUCGCCAUCGUCCCACUGUCCUCGUCGGUUGCCGUGGAGAUUUAUCUGCGGCAACCAGAGUCCAAUGCUGGCUACUAGUUUUCUACACUUUGUCUCGAGUUUCAACCAAAUCACACACAAACUUGAUCUGUCAUCGCUAACAACACGUCUCUGUGCAGCCUCCUGAGCUUUUAACGCUGUUAUUCGGUAUCUACUAAAGAAGACGUCGUAAUAUGGUCGAGAACUCUUGUUUUAUCAAACCAGAACGGUAGACUUCUAUUUUCUGGUUUAUUUGUCGCAUGACACAAAGUGAGUUAGCAUCAGAUCUCAUUUAGUUUAAUGCAUCAUCAAUAAUCAGUUGUUUUCUAAUAAACGGAAAUACAUCUAAUAAA